AACCCUGGUGGUAAGGACACGAAACUAACAUUGACACACUAACUGCAUAAAUAUCAGACGCAACACGUGAAUAAUACUGAAAUUGAACAAAAGCGCGAUGAAAGAAAGUUGUAGAAAAAUCGCCAAAUUUCUAUAGUACAAUUAAUAAAAAGUUGUCAAGAGAUUUGCGAUAAUUUUAUAAAAAGUCACUGUCGUAUCUUGAGAAAAGUCGUAGCCCUUGGUCGAGCACAGGAAAAAGAUGAGAAUACAUGCCAAUAUGAUCAUACUGACUUGUUUACUUUUAUUACCAGCAGUUUUCGGUAACGGUGAAAAAAAUGAAACGACAUUUGUGCCAACUCGAGAAUGGCAAACUGUAAAAAAAGGUACACCUAUACCUGGAGGAUUACAUGUCCGACACAAUUUUCAAACUGGAGUUACAGAAGCUAAAUUAAUGGAUAACGAAGAUGUGGAAGAAAAGGAUUCAAAUGAAAAUAUGAACAGUUCAAAUACAAGUUCUCUAACAUUACAUCCUGAAAAGGCAAUUUUUGAAAAUAAAGAUCCUGUACCUACUGAGAAAUCUGAUAUAUUUAAUCACCCGAUCGAAGAAUUAAAAGCUAGAUUGAAAAAAAUUAAACAGGAUGGUGGAGAAAAUAUUCCAGAACUAGAUGAUGAACACACUCAACAAAUAAAGAAAAAAUUUAGAGAUUAUGAAACUUUAAAGAAGGAAUUCAAAGCACUUGAAAUAAACAUUACUACUGAUGCAGGAUUGAUAAGCAGCUAUUUUCAAAAAUUUCAAGUUCAUAAAAAUGGAAUUACUAUGGGUACUUUAACAACUGCAGAAACAGAAGAAAUUUUAGAUAUUUUGUAUAAUUUGGAGUACCUGCUUCAUCAUAUUGAUAAUGCCAAAGUUUUUGCUGACAUGCAAGGCAUGAGUAAAAUUAUAUCUCCCUGCCUUAAUGGGACAAACAAUGAAAUAAAGGCUGAAGCUUUGAGACUUUUGGGUGCAGCUGUUCAGUCUAACCCCAAAGUACAGUUAAAAGCACUGGAAAGUGAUUUUGUUCAAAAACUUUUACAUAUCUUGUCUACGAAUAAUAAAGUGAAAGUAAAAUCAAGAUGCCUCUUUGCUUUGAGUGCCCUGAUAAGACAGUUUCCAGCGGCACAGAAAGUGUGGAUUGAUCAUGGGGGAGUAGAAAUAUUUGGAAAAAUUUUGAUUGACGAUCCAUUACCAAUACAAAUGAAAGUUAUGACACUGAUCGAUGACUUAAUUAUAGAGAGACAGAACUUACAAGAUAUUACUGAUACUAAACAGCAACAACUGAAAAUAAAAGCCUAUGCCACAGCUGAUAUUGAGAAAAAAUUAACAUAUGAAUAUUGCAAUCAUUUGAUUAAUCUUAUGAUAUCGAGCUUCAAAAUUGAUAUAGAUGAGAGGAGAAUCAAUUAUGAAUUUCUAGAAACUAUUUCUAAUAGUGUGAGUACUGUUGCUCCCAUUUGUAUUAAUCAGUGGAGAGAAAGAGACGAAUUACUUCCAAUUUUGAAUGUGUUGCAUACAUUCAAUAGACAUGAAAAUUUACACGUAGUAAGAGACAUGCUUCUCAAAAAUUCUCACGAUGAAUUAUAGACAGAAGGAAAAGAUAAAGAUAAAGUUACCUAAAUAUUCAUUAGGACUGAAGUUCGAUAUUUAUUUUGAGUCGUGUAGAUAUAAUUGUACAAAGUUUUGUGUGUGAUAAAAGUCUUUUAAGAUGAAUACUUUGAAUAUUAAUUGUGAAUAUUACACGAACAUUGUCCUCAAGUUAUUACCAGUCUUAAGGAAUGCAUGUAUGAUGUAUCAUAAGAUACAUCAGUAUGUAUAUAUGUAUACGUAUAUAGUGUGUAUGUAUAUAUGCAAAUUAUAAAAUUAUCUGUACAUAUAGUAAAUAAGAAAUUUCAGUUACCCAUCUAGAAAAUGUAUAGCGUUGUUUUUUUAUGUUUUAAAAAAAUUAUUUAAUAAAUUAUUUUUUACAGUUUA